AGAACAUGGAGGCUCUCGAGGUUGAUGACAUUAGCCCUGCCCUGGAAGUGACUGAAGACUUUUUCAACAGUUUUGAUGUGAAGCUUGAUAAGAUCGUGCAGCCUUCAGAGGUGUAUGGGGUGCAGGAGGUCCCCGAGAUGGUUGGGCACGAGGUAUUCGAUCAGAUAACGGAGAGCAGGAACCUGAUGAACAUCGCCUCCUUGGCCAAAACUGGCCUCCUCUGGGAUGGCUGCAAGAACGGGCUCCUGGAAAGCAAAGCACAGGCAGCGUUCCCCACCAGGGAGCAGCUUGUGGCGCGGCAGGGAAGAGCUGCCGACACCGUCGCGUGGGUGGCGGACGGGGAGACCUCAGCCUUUAACAUCUUGAGCCUGUGCCAGCGGCGGCGAGACCGGCCCCGCUCGGUGAACGACAUCCUCGCGCAGAGCGAGGAAGCGGCCGCGUUCAAGCCGGGCCACAGCAGGUCCCGCUCCGACGUCAGCCGCGUGGACUGGGGGGUGCUGCUCACGGGCACCGCGCAGCAGCCGCCGGCGCCCGCUCCGCACGACAACUGCGCCCUGCUCUCCUACCUGGCGCUGGCCGAGGGCAGGGACCUCCAGGGAAACACAGAACACAAGCCAACAUUUCCAAAUAUCCUGAAGAAGGGAUACUUAGAAAUCCGCAGGGACAAUGACAGCUACUGGCAGAGCUGUUACGCUGAGCUCUCCCCAUACGAACUCUGCGUGUACCGCCUGGACAGCAGCGGCAACCAGACCCUUCCCACGGUGUAUCCGCUCGCGCGCUUUCAGAGAGUCACUGUCACGGGGAGCGUGGAAGCCAACGUGGUGGACGCUCUGCUGUCGGACAGCUCGCAGCUGCAGCUGAAGGCAGGGUCCUCCUGGGAGGCCUUGGACUGGGGGCAGAAGCUGUGGGAAGCGGCGCGUGCCUCUGCGCCGGCUUUUGGGAGGCAGCAGGAGAAGCUGGAGAAUGUGCCAAAGCCUGACGACAACAGCGACCUUCCUCAAACCAACGGAUUGCUGGAGAAGCCCAUGGAGCUUUUUCUCUCCAUGAAUUUGACUGAAAAUACUAAAGAGUACCAAAAUAUUCUCAAAUCAGGGACUCUCUAUAGGUUGACUGUCCAGAAUAACUGGAAGGCAUUUACUUUUGUCUUGAAUAGAUCUUAUCUCAUGGCAUUCCAGCCGGGUCGGCUUGAUGAGGACCCUCUGCUGAGCUACAACGUCGCUGUGUGCCUGUCAGUCCAGACGGACAUGCAGGAUGGCUGUGACUCUUGCUUUCAGGUCAUUUUUCCUCAAGACGUCCUCCGGCUCCGCGCGGAGACCCGUCAGAGAGCCCAGGAGUGGAUGGAGGGGCUGGGGGCCAGAAGCUUGGGCCAGGACCUGCAAGUCACGCUCAGGAACAAACCUGGAGACCGGCCUUUCAGAAGGGACUUGAGAAAGAGCAAGCGGCAGUCGGUGACCACCAGCUUCCUGAGCAUCCUGACCACGUUGACGCUGGAGAGAGGGCUCACAGUUCAGAGUUUCAAGUGUGCAGGCUGCCAGCGCUCCAUAGGCCUGUCCCACGGGAAAGCCAAGGUGUGCAGCUACAGCGGCUGGUACUACUGCAGCACCUGCCACGUGGACGACACCUUCCUCAUCCCCGCGCGGCUCGUCCACAACUGGGACACCUCGAAACACAAGGUAUCAAAGCAAGCCAAAGAAUUCCUGGAGUAUGUGUAUGAGGAGCCACUGAUUGACAUCCAACAGGAAAACCCCAUGUUGUACCAGCAUGUUGAACCUCUGGCAACUGUUGUGCGCCUGAGACAGCAGCUAAAAUCUCUCCGGGCCUAUUUGUUCAGCUGCAGAGCAGCAGUGGCUGAAGACCUGCGUAGAAGGAUUUUUCCCAGGGAGUAUCUUCUUCAGCAAAUCCAUCUUUACUCUCUUGCAGACCUCCAGCAGGUUAUCGAAGGAAAGCUGGCCCCUUUCUUAGGGAAGGUGAUCAAGUUUGCCACCUCUCAUGUGUACAGCUGCAGCCUUUGUAGCCAGAAGGGCUUCAUCUGUGAGAUUUGCAACAAUGGAGAAAUCCUUUACCCCUUUGAGGACCUUUCCACAAGCAGGUGUGAAAGCUGUGGUGCUGUCUUCCACUCUGAGUGCAAAGUGAAGGCCGUGCCAUGCCCUCGGUGCGUGCGUAAGGAGUUGCAGAAGAAGCAAAAAUCCUUCUGGAGGCGACUGAACAUGGACGAAAACUUUGAAGAGUCUUACAAUAUGUUUGAGUUGUCAUAUCAGAACACAUGACUGCCCUGAGGCAACGGGCAGCCCAAAGAGAGUCUCUUCCCCUGGUGCCAGCUCAAGCAACUUCUCAGCCAGGCAGAAAUCUUUUUGCAGAAUAGUAUCUGACCACCUUCUUCAUCUGUGAAUAGCAGCUGCCAAAGCGGCCACAAAGUCCUCUUGGCUUUGAAAUACUGAUGGCCAAAUUGCAUUUUGCAUUGAAGUCCGGCCAGUAGCUCUCAUACAAAAUGUGGUUUACUUGAAAUGCUUUAGCUAUAACUAAUUUAACACCCAACCUUUUCAUUUCCACCUCUGGAGACGACUUUUCCUCAAGGCAGAGAACAGUUCCCGCCAUGACCACAUUCUUAAUUAUUAUUUUUGAUGUUACUCAUUUAGAAUUGAUGGCUCAUCUACUUAUUUAUCUGUAUUAUUUAUUAUUAGCCUUGGCAGAGGUUUUGGUGAGGUAUUUUACAGAACCCAGUAGGGCAGGAGUGGUUUUAAGCUCACAUGCUCUUUCGGAUAGGGAUGUGGAAUUGCAUUUCCUCAUGUUUCCAGAUGGAGAGCUAUUUUUAAAGGAUCAGUGCAUUUAUUUGUCACUCCUCCCUGAGGAAAGAAAGGUAUCUCCCACCAACCUUAUUCAAGAUGUUUGCAAGCCUAAGAUGCAGAAGAAUUCCUUUAGCUGUGUUCAUGUAUUUAUAACUAGCUCCUUGGAAUAUUACCUAAGCAGAUAAGCAGGGACCUUAUUGCCAUUUUU